UAGUUGUAAUUUGAAAAUGUCUGUUACUGCUCGAUAGGUGACGAAGAGUGAAGUCGUCGGGAAGCUAGAAUGAGUACGAGCGAUCGUUUCACGCCGUCGUCUCGUAGCGGGGCCCCACUGAGCAACGACUCAGACCGACCGCGUCACAGGCAGCGACGCUCGAGCGACAGAAGCGACGUUUCGGGGCGCGGGGUGACAAUAAGAGAACUAAAGUCGGAACUGAUGAACAAAAGUCAACUGAACGAGCAACUGCAAGCAGACUACGACGAAACUCUUCAAAGAUUAGCCGAAGCCGAGCUGACAAUCGACCAACUGAGAUUCGGAGUGCAAACACAAGUGAGCAAGACGGUCUACUACACGCUGAAAGAGAAGAGUCAACGCAGAGAGUCGAGAGAAGGAGAGAGACGGAGUGAGGGUCCGGUCGCCAUGGCAACGAGAGAGUCGGCCAACCAAACGAUGGGACGCGAGCGGUCGCUCAGCUCGUCGGAGGAUGUGACCAGCAUGUCAACUGUCACACGUGGUCAGAGGGCGAACGUGGAGAGCACACAGAUGGGCUUGUUGUUUCAGACGAGGACGUUGCAGGAUCGACUGGAUCAGAUUCAGGAGGGGAUGAAGGCGGGGACACCAAUGAGUGUCGAUGUCAUUGCCGAGUUGCAGAGGAUAGGGGACGAGGUGAAGAAGAUAGAGCAACAGAUGGUGAAUGUGAAGGAAAGUCAGGAGAAGCUUUAUGAGAUGAGAGGAGUUCAGAGUGAGGCCAACUUUGAUCAUCUUGGCGAAGAGUUAGAUCAUUUAAAGGUGAUGUUAGGAGAAACUCAAGAAGCCAUUCGACAGCAAGAAUCACAGACACCAGAGCCAGUAGCAAUAGAGGAAGCAACACAACAUGUGGAGAUAUCCUUACCACAGCAGAUAACAUUGCAAGAUGUGAUGGACAGACUGGCAGGUCUUGAAGAGCAGCAGAGGCUCAACCCAACGCCUGGAGUUGCAGCCGAAAUCAGGCAACUACGACAGGCAGUCGAACAGCUACAUAGAGACGUAUCACACAGACGUGAAGGAACACAAACACCAACACGUGAUGUAGCCCAUCGUGAUGGUUCUGUUGCAUCUCACCUCAGCAGCAGUGACACAUCAACGUCCUCCCAUCAUUCAUCUAUCUGCCCGUCUCACGCAACGGAAGCUGCAAUACAAACACAACCGACACUCUCACAUGAAUAUCUCUCACGAAGCGACAGUUUCCUCGUAACUAACGAGACACAAACCGACAAUCAGAGAAGGUUGCCGAUGGUCAGUCGUCUACGGCAACCACAAGUCUAUGGACAUUCCACCAAGUUGCCUGACAUGAGUGGGCGUGUCUCUCUGAGUUCAAUCUCAACUAACCAAUCCGAGCAGUCGGACGUAGCAUCUCGUUCUCAUACUCACAUACAAAGUGAAGAACCUCACAGUCGGAGUCAAUCGAGUGACGAACGUCAUCGGCGACGUUUACCAAACAGACACACCCACACGUCGGAUUCUCAAUCGGAUCAAUACGAUGCAAACAUGUCGCCUUUAGUGCCUCAUCCACACGACACACAACCAACAAGCCAAAGUCACACGAAAUCUCAAACCGAGACGGAACAACAAACUGUUGGCGUUCAAGCAUCGCCGUAUGUACCACAGCCGUCGCGUAUUCCACGGCUCUCGUCGCAUUGGAAGAAGCUGCUCAGUCGUCCCGGACUUGGUGAUUCGUUUGAUAGAGACAGUGGCUUUGUUGGGUCGUCUGUGCAGCCGAAAGACGAGCAACAACGUGCAACGACGUCCACGACUCACUCGAGCGUGUCUACUCAAGCGGAGAAUGUGGAAGAAGAGAGCGAUCCGGCAAGUGAGACGGAGAUGGUGCAGCCACGUGUGACUCGUUACGAAUAUGUACAACAGCCACCAGUGUUUCUGCCUUCACAGUUUCCGGGUCAGUAUUUUGGGUAUCCGGGUGUGGGAGAUCGGGAUGGUGGUGAACAGAGAGAGAAACGGCCACAGCCAGUUGUACAGACAGAUCCAUCGAUGAGUAAUGCUGUCAAUGGGUUACGUGAUGAACUCCAACGUUUACAAGAACAAAUGGAUACUCUCCGAGCCUUACAGCAACCACCAACAAAAACAGAACAACAACAACAACAACAACAAACAGACCCAACGACAGCAAAGACAACAACAGCCAUACAAACAGACGACACACGUGACACAACAGAUAGACCAACAGAGCACCACCCGAGACCUCAUCUUCCCAUAGAACCAACACAUUUACCAUUUCACCCACAACUCGCGUCGCUAUCAUCAGACGUCGAGCAGCCAAGGCAUCGCACAACAGAACCAGUUGAACACAAACCGUAUUACGACACACGCAAGAGUCACCGCCACCCGAAAGCAUCAAAACAAAGUGGGAGACAGACGAGGCAGCAACGGAGAUCACAUGAGUCCGAGAUGCAUGACAGCGAGUCAGACCUUCCUCGAUUGCUCAACAGCCAUCGGACUCAAACGCCCGCAACGUGGAGGUCAACAGACAUGGAGAAGACUCCACAAAAGAGCAAGCUAGCUAAGGCUCCAGCGUUUCGUCUCGUGUCCGUCUCGUCUUUGAGUCGGAGCGAUAGCGAUAGCAAUAUGAGUAGUGUUGCCGUGGAGAUGAAUACAGACGAGUUUGAGUGUCCGAUGUGCGGUGGGUCGGGAACGUUUGUUACUCCGUCGGGCGAGCGACGGCAUCAUCACGAGAAGAAGAAAAGGAGUAAGGGAACGCAGACUAUGGAGAGUUAUCUGGUGGACUCGUGGGUAGACGAAGGUCAACAGACGAGCGAGUUGCCUGAACAAAGGAAACAUUUGAGGAAUACUACGGUACGUACGGCUCCUCUUGUUGUGGAUAUCAGACGCGACCCGUCUCCCAUUCAACGAGACAGAGUUAGUGGAAGAAGGAGCAGGACGCAGCCUGUGGCUGUGAGAGAGGGAGGCACGCGGAUACAUCACGUUACAAAGUCAGAUGGCGAACAUGAGAACGAGAGGUUACGUACAGCGAGGUCAUUAGUCGAUGAGUUUGAAAGUGAGAGUGAUGGUUCGGGUACGCCUCGUGUUACGUUGAAGCGACGACCACAAGCAGAGUCGACGCCGUAUGUUUACUACUCGGAUGAGUCAUCGAGCUCUGACGGCUCACACGUCGUUGUGACCGAGAAGCAGAGAAAACGAGAUCUCGUCAUUGUUGAUGAGACGGACGAACCCGAUCGUGUUGUCAUUCACAAGAAACCUAAGAGAAGAAAUAGCGUUCAUGUGGUGAGAGAAAGGUCACCAACGACGACACACAUAGUGAGGGAAAGGUCACCAACGAGGACACACAUAGUGAGGGAAAGGUCACCGACGAGGACACACAUAGUGAGGGAAAGGUCACCGACAAGGACACACAUAGUGAGGGAAAGGUCACCAACAAGGACACACAUAGUGAGGGAAAGGUCACCAAUGAGGACACACAUAGUGAGGACUUCAAUGCCUACAACUGUUGUACGUGAGAGUUCUCCACGUGUAACUCACAUAGUGAGAGACAGACGGCCGUCAACGACGCAUAUCACAAGUGAAAGACCGACAUCUCGGACUCACAUCGUGAGAGAAAGAGAGUCGCCGAUAACUCACAUUGUGAGGGAUCGAGAGCCGUCGUCUAUGUACGUGGUGAGAGAGCGACCGUCAUCGUCAGUGCAUAUUGUGAGGGAAAGGCCAAGCACGACGACACACAUUGUGAGGGAAAGGCCUUCGUCUAGUCACGUAGUGUUGAGAGAUGACGACGACGACGAUGAUGACAAUGAUGUGGAGGUUUUGUUGGAGAGGAAUCGUGUGAGGAGAGCGACCCCUUUGAGACGUCGUUCGAGACGUGCAAUGUCGAGUGCUGGUGAUGUUGUCGAGACUGAUGACAUUGAAAUGGCUCUUCGACGUGUCAAACGCGAGACACGACGCGUAUCCCACCGAUCACGUGACAUACUCCACAACAUGUCGACAGAACUCAACAGUAAAGGUGUUUUCUAGACGAUUAGUUUGUAUGAUGUUAAUUAAGUUAAUUGAUUACGUACAGCAAAUCAGCCAUAGACCACGUACUCGUGCUGGUGGUUGUAUAUCGAAUCUUGUUACGUCCAUGUAGUUGUUUUGGUUAAGAUUGCAGGCAUAAGAGAUAUUGUGAUUGGGUCGACGAUGCUUGAGUGAUGUUUUUGUCGUGGCUUGUGUUGGCGUUAUGGAGGAAUGGGUUGUUGACAGUGGUUGUG